AUGGUGAUGAAUAAUGAUGAGAUACGCACGAUUGUUGGAAUCAUUGGGAAUGUCAUCUCUUUCGGUCUGUUUAUCUCUCCCUCGCCUACGAUAUGGAGAAUCUUCAAGAACAAAUCAGUGGAGGAAUUCUCACCAGAUCCUUACAUAGCAUGUGUCAUGAACUGUUUGCUAUGGAUCUUCUAUGGCUUACCUAUCAAUCAUCCAGACAGCACUCUUGUCGUCACCAUCAACGCCAUAGGUCUUGCAUUGGAGCUUAUUUAUCUCAGCUCAUUCCUAUUAUAUGGCAAUAAUAGUCAUAGGAAAAAGAUAUUCGGGUUUUUAGCUGCCGAGCUUGUUGGCCUUGGUGUUAUUGCAGGUUUGGAUUUAGGAUUGUUCCACACCCAUGAUGCUAGAUCAACCUUCAUUGGGAUCUUCUGUAUUGUAUUUGGAAUUGGCAUGUACACUUCCCCUCUAACUAUCAUGUGGAAAGUAAUAAAAACAAAGAGUGUCGAAUACAUGCCAUUCUAUCUUUCAUUAGCUGCGUUCUUGAACGGUUGUUGCUGGACGACUUAUGCUCUUCUCAAAUGGGAUUGGUUCAUUCUGAUUGCGAAUGGUAUUGGGGCUCUUUCUGGGUUUGUGCAGCUUGUUUUAUAUGCAAUUUUCUGGCGAACAACUCCAAGGAAGAGCAAAACGCCGGCGUCUGAAGUACAGAUGGCUUGAAAAUUUUUACAGAAAUGACAUUUGCUGUUUGAAGGACCUUUUGGUACCCUUUUGAUAUAAUGUAAAUUUAGGUUUGGAUUUUUAGGUUUUGAAGGGGUUUGGAUUUUUAGGUUUCUGAAACAUUUUGGAUUUUUAGGGUUUUGAAGGGGUUUGGUUUUUUUAGUUUUUUUUUCUUUUAGUUAGGUUUUGAGAUUUUGAAUGUUUGAAAGUUUUGGUUUUUGACUUUGGGAUGAUUAUUCUUAGAUUUUUAAUAUAUUAGGAC